UGAGUGCCGCAACCCCAGAGUCAGCCACGACUGGACCUAAUGGUCAGGGGUCUCUUUACCUUAACCUUUAUGACAUAUAAAGCAGUAAAUAUAAGGUGGGAAUAAAAAUAUGGAAGUAAAGGCGGCAGUCCCCUCCUCCUCCAUGAACUUGCCCAGGCUGCUUUAAAGCCAUCCAGGUUGCUGACCACAGUUUUAACUAUGCGCUCUGUGAAAGGUGGCGAGGGAGAGAUAAGUGUACCGUCUAACAAUGGUGCCUGGGCACCUGCGUGUGAGUGAGGCAGAGGGUUGGACUAGAUGACCCCUUGGGUCCCUUCCAGCUCUAUUGUUCUGCUGACCCCACAGCCCUUUCCCCCGACACUCUGCAGCGGGGAGAGGGGUGUCCUCAAAGCACCCCAAUCCCACCCUCUGGGCCUCCCCCCCCCCCCGAGACCUGCUUCUCCUGCACCCUUGGCCCCUCUCCAGAGGAUAUCCGGUUGUUUUGUGCCUCCACUUCCUUCCCGGAGACUUGGGACAAGGCGUCUGCAUCCCGGUUUCAGACAGGAUCCCACGCGCUUUGGCCCGAAGCCCAGAGUCCUGGCCUGCCGUCAUCUCCUGGACAAACAGGAUCUUGCCAGGCCCCUGCAGGAAGGCAGGAAGGCAGAAGCAAAGGAGCUAAAAGGUCCACGAAAGCCGGAAGGGCUUUGGAACUCACUGCCACUGGAUUCAAGGGGAAUACAAGCAGGUUCAAAAGCCAGUGUGUUUUCUGGAAAAGCGUUUCCUCGGGAAAAGAUUAGUUUCCUCCUCACAUUCAGGGUCAGGAAUAAGUCACAAAGGCGGUUCUGGGUUGGGUCUCCUGGUAACCACUGAAAUGCCAGUCUGGGGGUUAGCUAGUGUGCUGCAGCAGUCAAGAGUGUGGGACCAGGACCUGGGAGAUCAGAGUUCGAAUCCACCCCCCAGCGCUGAAGCUCAGUGGGUGACCUUGUGCCAGCUACUCACAACCCCUUUGACUGCCAGAGGCGACACCUGAUGCCCCUUCUGCUUUUGUAAGCACUCCGUAUUUCAGUGUGGCAAUCCUUGCACUUUGGAACUUCCUGCCACAUGACAUGAGACGGGUGCUCUUUCCAGUACCUUCUCAGCACCUUCUCCUCCAGGGAAGGCCCCCCAGACGCUCCCAAAGUCAGUGCCAGCCUGGAUCUGUUUUUUCCAGCCUGUCGUUGUUCCAGCUUUCCAAAAGUCUUGCAAUCUUGCUGCAAAUUUUCCUAAUGGAUAAUUUCAUUGUUUUUAUGUUUUUUGGAAAGAGCUUUGAGGCUGCUAUUGUUUCACGAUCAAGAGGUGUGUAAAUUUUAUGGAAUAAGUAAAUACUGGAAGAAGAUUUAAUUUUUUUACAUUUCAACAAUGUAUCAGCAUAAAAAAGAGAGGAAAGGAUGGGGGGGGGGAAUGAGCGGGGCUUUUUGGUCUUUUAUUUAGUGAUCUUGCAGGCCCCACCCUGACCUCCGCGCACCAUCCAUCCAGCAAAGAGCCAAUCCAGGCAUGGUCACCCCGCACCCAGGGACCCCUUUGCAGACCCGGGUCCCAAUCCCUUGCCAGACCAGCGCCUCCCCCCAAAAGGAGCCCAGGCUCAGCAACGGGGUCGAGGCGGGAGGCCGCAUCGCCGCCCCCCCCCCCUUGGCAGGGGUUGCAAUUGGGGGCCGAGACUUACUCCCUAGGAAACGCGCCCCGGAGCGGGGCCGGGCUUUGCAGGAGCCUCCUUCUCGGCGGCGGGGGAGGCGCGGCGCUCCGCACGCGCUCAGAGGCGCCCUCGCCUGCGCUCGUGCACAGAGGGAGGGGGGUCCCCGCGGGGCCGCCUCCCCCUUCCUGUCUCCCGGCCGGAGCGAGCGGAAGUUUGGCGGCUGCCCGGCCAGCCGAGGAGGGAGGAGGAGGAGGAGCAGGUAAGCCGGAUUGGGGCGGGGGGGGGGGGGAGAAAAAGACACGUUGCCGGGGGGGGGGCAGGAAAAUCUGGCCCCUCCCUGCGGCCACCUUGCAGCGCCCCUCCCCCAUCCAGGGAGCCCCCCCCCCGCAAAAGCUGCCCAUUCUGCAGCCCCCCCGACAGACAGGCGUCCACUUCGCUCCCCCCCCCUUGAGCUCUUCAGGCGCCCCCUUUCUGCUUCCUCCCCGUUGCGAAGUGGGGGCGCGGGAGGAUGGGGGUCUUUAUUUCCUCCCCCCCCAAUUCCUCUUCUGAGCUCGGUCCUCGCCUCGCCAGCCCCCCACCCCACUCCCCACCCCUCCGGGUGCGAGGCGGGAGAGGGGGGGUCUGGUGGGGAGAGGCCCGGCCGCGCCCCCCCCUCGCCCCCCCACCCACCCACCCUACAAGCCCUCCGCCCCGCUCCGCGAAAUGGCCCCAUUUCACAGCUUCCGAGGGAAAGUCGAGGCUUGGCUCCGUCUUGCCCCCCCCCCACUGGAUCCUGCAUUCCUCGGCUUGCAGAGCCUGCUCUCCCCCCCCCCCGCAAGCCCAGCCCCCCCCUCCUCGGGCUUCCUGCUCCGUGCAGGGCAAGACCAGGCAAGACUCGCCCUGGGCAAUCUCCCCCCCCCCCCGCCCUUUCCUGCCUCCUUCCCUAUAAAUACCGCGGCGGGGGGGGGGGCAGAGGGAGUGUCUCCCCAUUGCAGAAGGUGCGGCUGGGCAUGUCUGCAGCGGAGGGACUGGCCCGGCCUGGCUGGGCUGGAGGUGCGCGGGCCCCCCCGGCAUGCAAUACCCCUUUCCUUCUUGUGGGGGGGGGUGAGCUCCAGGGCUGGGGGUGCGGAAGCCCAUCCUGGUUCCCUCGGCUGGGUCUGAUCGGGAGAGGGAGGGAGCCGGCAUCCCGCUCGCCCCCCCCCCCCCGGGCGUCUACAGCAAGAGCACCUUGGGCAGGAGGGGGUUACUGGCCCGGCUGCUGAGGGUGGGGGGGGGGGAGAUGAAUCAGCAUCCGCUGCUCCUGCUGAGACAGCGCCCUCAGCACCCUGCCCUCAGCACCCUGCCCUCAGCACCCUGCCCUCAGCACCCUGCCCUCAGCACCCUGACCGGCGGGGCCCUUGGGUGCCAGCAGAAGGAAGAGACCGGCCGGAGGGGGAGAGAUUCUGGCAGCAAAGGUCAGCCAGAGGGGGGGCAGUGUUGGGGGGCAUGGAGGCCUGGGGUGCUGUUCAGCACCCAGAGUUCAAAGAAGGGGGUGCCAUGGGUAGGACGGUCAGACUCAGACCCUUGACUCCAUUGAGAUCAGUGCAGCCCGUUCUGACCGGCAGCAGUUGCCCUCCAGGGACCUUUCUCCCAUUGGGAGCCUUCUGCACUCCAAGCAGGUGUUUGGCCCCGGAGGGAAAGCCUUUCCUUUCAGCCCUAGGGCCACAGAAAGCUGACUCAGGCACCCAGCCCAUCUGGCGCAGCACGGCCAGCACUCUGGCUGGCAGCUUCUCUCUGGGAUUUCGGGCAGGGCGCCCCCCCCCCGGCCUUCCCAAAGAUGCCUCCAACUGGGGUUUGUACUGGUGGGGACCUUCUGCUUGCCAAGCAGGCGCUUUCCCACUCCGCUGCCACCCCUUGCCUCUGAGAGGAAGCCCAGCAGAGCGUGAGAUCCUCAGGGUCGUGGGUUCAAGCGGCGGGUUGGGCAGGAGAGCCCUGAACUGCAGCGGGUUGGGCUGGAUGACCCUUGGGGUCCCUUCCAAGUCUCCCAUUCCUGUUAGUCCUGGUUCUUUAGGAAAAGCUGCCUGGUAAAGGAACAGAGGAAGUCAGGCCCUGGGGGAAACUCAGCAUUGCUUAUUCUGACUGGCAGCAGUGGGGGGGGGUCUGUCUCCCAGCCUGGAUUGGCAUUCUGCAUGCCAAGCGGGUGUUCUGCCCUUGUGCCCCUUCCCCACUGCCACCUGGCUUAACCCUCUCUCUCUCUCUCUCUCUCUCUCUCUCUCCUAGGCUUCUCCCCUGCCCCACUUCCCAGCCCCACACCUCGCCUGCGGAACCGGCCCUGACCCCUCCCUCGGUGCCACCACCGCCCGGACCCCGCCAUGCCCCAGGCCUGGCAUGGAGCCCUCUGGCAGCCUGCUUCAGGGCAAGCCCUUCUACUGCCGGGAGUGGGCGCUGGGCCGGCUGGCGCUCAGCCUGGAGGGGGGCGGGGGGGUGCUGGUGACGGGGGGCCCGGGCAGCGGCAAGACGGCCCUGUGCACUGAGGCCCUGUGGCCCACCUCCGAGGCGGGGCGCCGGGUGGGGCUGGGCGAGAGCGCCUUGGCCUGGCACUUCUGCCAGCCCCACGAUGGCGCCACCUGCUCCCCCCGAGGCUUCCUCCUCCGGCUGGUGGCGCAGAUCCGGCGGUGCCCCCUGCUGCCCGGGUACGGUGAGCGCCUGGGCCGGGCGGAUGCCCAGAGCACCCUGGAGAACGCGCAGUGCAAGAAGGACCCGGACGAAGCCUUUCGCAGGUGAGAGAGAGCCCCCACCCUGCCCCCCUGGGGGGUGGCAUCCUGGUCGCCCCGCUGUCCGGAGGGCAGGAUCCCUUCCUCCUCCUCCUCCGGGAUCAGGCCCGUCGAGUCGGGCAUCCGUGUCUCGCAGUGGCCAAAAACUCCUCAGAAUACCUGGAAAUUGAGGUAGACUGCCGCUGCACCUGGAGGCUCCACAAAAGCCUCAGAAGAGUCUGGUGGCUCUCAAGGGGGAUAAAAAUCAAUCAUUUAAAAAAUAAUAAUGGAUUUUUUUGAUUUAAAAUAAAAUGCUUUUGGAGGAAAAAUUAUUCUAAAGAUAGUUUUCUAUUUAAGUUACAUUAUAGUCUAAAGGGCUAUUCAUUAGGAAAUAAGGAUUUUGUUUUUCAUGUGUGCUAAAACUCAGUCUGAGUUUUUUGUUUGUUUGUUUAACCACAUCAGUUAACCAACAUGGAUACAUUUGCUAGAACGUUAUUGUUUUAGUUAAAUAAAUUGUUAUUAAGGAAUUUUUUUCCCCUCCUUCCGAUAAAGUACAGCAGAAAAGUUGUCCAAAUAUAAACAGUUAACUUAUUAACCCUCACAACAAUUUCAUAAUUAUCUGUCUAUGUAUUUCUAAUAGUAUAACCAAAUAAGUGUAAAAAACUACUCUGGGAAUUUAUUAUUUCAGAAAUGAAACCUUCAUCUGGUUGUAAAUAUUAAGUAUAUACCAGCAAGAAUGAGUCUUUCUGUAAAAUAAAUAAGGCAAAUGAUUUAAAUCAAAUCCCCCCAGGAGCUGCCUCUCUAGCCUGUCGCCAUUUACCUCGCCUUUCCUCCAAACUAAAAAGCCCCCCCCCGUUGAAUUGAUCUUAAUGCUGCCCAUAUUUUCAGCUGUACACAAUUCCCCCCCCCCAUAUAUUCAAUAAAUGUUUUCCACUCUUCUCUCAACGUGUUUUCUUCUUGUUCUCUUACUCUAUAUGUUAAGUCUGCAAGCUGCACAUAUUCCGUCAGCUUAAGUUGCUGUUCUUCUUCGGUUGGGACCUCACUCGUUUUCCGUUUUGGGGGCUAACAAAACACGUGCCACAGUAUUGGCAUACAUAAAUAACCUUUUUUGACACCUGGGAAUUCCAGUCUGAAUUAUCCCCAAUAGAAAAGACUCUGGGGUUUUUUGGGGGAAAGUACUUUUAAACAUGUUUUUCCAAUUCAUUAUAAAUUAUUUAAUAAAGAUUUAUUUCCCCUUUUUUACCCUUUUACAAGUCGACCACAUAUGAAAGAAUGUCUCUGGGUAUUCCCCAUUUGCAAUAUUCACAUUGUGUGCCCCCCCCAACAUAACAAUUUAUCAAAGAUACAUCAUCCUCAUUUCCCUCCCCCAUUUUUUCCCUCCCCAAAAAAGAAAAACCCUCCCUCCCCCCACCCCAGACUUCCCUCAGCUCCUCUCUCUGGUUUUUCAGCGCAUGUUUUUCUCUGCAUAUUAUAAAAUUGUAAAGAUCCUUAAUUUAUCUAUCAAUAUGUUACCAAUAAAAAGUUUGUGUAUGUUUAUUCAAAACCUGCCAAGGAGCCCAGUUCGUUUUGUUGUUUCUUUAUGUACUUUGUAAAAGGUUCUUUAAAGUCGCAGUUGUCCUUAUCACGUGGUUUAUGAGUCAAUUCCGCUUAGUCCAUCAGUUUCUCUUGCCACAGUUCUUUGGUCGGGAUUUCCUCAUUCUUCCAUCCUUGUGCUACUAAGACUCUCACCACCGUUGUCGCAUACAUAAAGAUAUUUUUCAGUUUCCUUGGCAGGUCUUUUCCUACAAUCCCUAACAAAAAUGCUUCAGGCUUUUUUUACAAAUGUUAAUUGGAACAUUUUCUUCAACUCGUUGUACAUCAUUUCCCAACUUUUUUUAAUUUCACCCUUCCUUCCUUCCUUCCUUCUUCCAUCCACAGGGCCGUCCUGCUCCCCCUGCUGGACCUGCCGCCCCCCGCCAAGCCCCUCCUGCUGGUGGUGGACGCUCUGGACGCCGGCCAGGCGGAGCGCGAGGAGGAACGAGCCCCCCCUCCGGGGCCCAGCCGGACCAUCGCCCAGCUCCUGGGGGGCCACCUGCAGCUGCUGCCCCCCUGGCUGCUCCUGGUCUGCACUGCCCGCUCCCACAGCAAGGGGGUGCUGCGCCUCUUCAACGGUGAGGGGGGGCCCGGCCCGAGGGGAGGGGGGCCAGGGACCCCAGUAGCCCAACCCCCUGCAAUGCCCGAUUUGCAGCUAACUUCUCUUUAACAUUAAUCUUCUUUAAAGUUGUAUAUCACCCUUCAUCUGGGAUAGCUCAGUUGGAAGAGCAUGAGACUCUUACUUUCAGGGUUGUGGGUUCGAGUCCUGUGUUGGGCAAAAGAUUCUUGCUGGGGUGGGUGGGGUGUAAAUAAAUAAAUAAAUAAAUUAUUGUUAUUAUUAUCAUUGCAUUGCAGGGGGUUGGCCUGCAUGGUACCUUCCAGUUUUACAGUAUGAUAAUUUAGAACUUAGAUAAUUUAGAAUUUGGAUGCGGGUGGCGCUGUGGGUUAAACCAAAGAGCCUAGGGCUUGCUGAUCAGAAGGUCGGCGGUUCGAAUCCCCACAAUGGGGUGAGCUCCCGUUGCUCAGUUCCAGCUCCUGCCCACCUAGCAGUUCGAAAGCACGUCAAAGUGCAAGUAGAUAAAUAGGUACCGCUCCGGCGGGAAGGUAAAAGGCGUUUCCGUGUACUGCUCUGGUUUGCCAGAAGCGGAUUAGUCCUGCUGGCCACAUGACCCGGAAGCUGGAUGCCGGCUCCCUUGGCCAGUAAAGCGAGAUGAGCGUUGCAACCCCAGAGUCAGUCACAACUGGACCUAAUGGUCAGGAGUCCCUUUACCUUUACCUUAAUUUAGAACAGUGUUUCCCAAACUUGUGUCUCCAGCUGUUUUUGGACUACAGUUCCCAUCCCCCCUCAUCACUGGUCCUGAUAGGUUGGGAUGAUGGGAGUUUUAGUCCCAAAACAGCUGGAGAACCAGAAAACUUUUAUUGAUUAUAUGGGAGAUAAUUGUGUACGGCUGAAAAUGCUGGCAGCAUUAAGAUAAAUUCAACAGGGUAAAUAAGUUUUGGUGGAUACAAUAAUGGGAUACUGAUUGGUAUAGGUUUUUGUAAAAUAUGCAGGGAUUUGUGAUAUGUGAAAUGAACCAUGGAAAGAGAAGAAGGCCAGUCUUGAUAUAUUAAGGAUGUAAAACGAGUACCGUAUUUUUCGCUCUAUAAGACACACCAGACCACAAGACGCACCUAGUUUUCGGAGGAGGAAAACAAGAAAAAAUAAUAUUCUGAAUCCCAGAAGCCAGAACAGCAAGAGGGAUCGAUCCCUCUUGCUGUUCUGGCUUCUGGGAUAGCUGCACAGCCUGCACUCGCUCCAUAAGACGCAGACACAUUUCCCCUUACUUCUUAGGAGGGAAAAGGUGAGUCUUAUAGAGCAAAAAAUAGGGUAUUUUAAAUUGUAAAAGAGAAAGUUUAAUAAAAAUUAUUUUAAAAAACAGCUGGAGACCAAAGUUUGGGAAGCACUGAUCUAUAAUAAUGAUCCUGAAACAGUUCACAGCAUAAAAAUACAGAAUAAAACCACAAUGUAACCAUAAUCUUUAGUAUUUUUAAAGCUUUUAGUAGUAAAAACCACCUUGAGCCUUGAGGAAAAGAUGGCAUAUACAGGAUAUUAUUACUAUUUCGUGGCACUUUCCAGGGUGCCCCUGUGGGUGCCAAGUGCAGCCGACUGUUGGCAUGCUAUCCCCACUUUUCGGGGGCUCACAUUUUUGUGGGGGGCUUUCUGGGGGGAGACCCAGCCCCUUCUCACCCCUCGCUUCUCCCCUCGACACCCCACAGGGUUCCGGCGCCUGUGCCUGGACGACCUUCGCCGGGAGCCGGUGGUCUGCGAUGUCCAGCAGUACAUCCUGGCACGGCUGGACCGGGAGGAGCCCCUCCGGCGCCACCUGACCCGCGACACGGCCGAGGCCCUGAGCCAGCUGCACAUCAAGAGCAACGGGUGCCUGCUGUACCUGGAGCGGGUGCUAGACGGCGUGGCGGGCGAGCUGGUCACCCUGCGUGAGGUGCGCCACAUCCCGGGCACCCUCUACGGCCUCUACCUCUGGCUGUGCCAGCGUCUCUUCCCUGGCCAGGACUUUGCCCUUGUCCGCCCCCUGCUGGAGGCCCUCCUGGCCGCACCGCGCCCCCUGCGCCCCAUGGAGCUGUACGCCGCGGUGUGGACUCGCCGCCCGGUGCCCCGGGAGGAAUUUGAGGGCUGGCUGGCAUCCCUAGCGCCGCUGCUGCACCAGGGACCCAGUGGCACCUGCAUCCUCUUCCACGCCAGCUUCGCCGAGUGGCUCUGCGAUGUCAAGCAUUGCACCCAGAGGUACCUCUGCUGCCCGGCCCGUGGGCACGCCUCCCUCGCCAUGAGCGCCUCGUGCCGCGCACCUGCGCUGCUGCCCGAGCAGGUGCAUGAACUGGCACACCACCUGCUGCGCGCCGAACUGGGCAUGGAGGCUUGGCAGCUGGCGCUGUGGCUGGUGUGGUGUGGGGCGCCAGUCGAGCGCUGCCUGGAGCCUGAGGAGGCGUUGCUGCUGCCCCUGGCACCCGCGGUGCUGGAGCUUCUUGUACUGGCGGGGGCACGAAUGGGCUCCCAGGGGCCUGGACCGUCGCUUCAACAGGCCCUCGAAAGGGAGGACUCGGUGCGGCUGCUCCUGGAAAACGGCGCCAGCGUCAACCAGCGGGACGUCACAGGGCGCACCCUGCUGGCCAGCGCCGCUCACAGCGGCAACCACGAGGUGGCGGGUCUCCUCCUGGCACGUGGGGCGCAGGCCGAGGUCCCGGACCGGCACGGACAGACGCCCAUGACCCUGGCUGCCCGCCAGGGCCACACCAAAGUCCUGCUCUGUUUGCUGGCACACGGCGCCCAGGUAGAUCGCCCUGACCGGGAGGGCUGGACAGCGCUGCGGGCAGCUGCCUGGGGGGGCCACAGCGAGGCCGUGGGGGUCCUGCUACGAGCUGGCGCCAACGUGGACUGUGCUGACGCAGAAGGGAGGACAGCACUGAGGGCGGCAGCCUGGGGCGGCCAUGAGGAGAUAGUUGCCACGCUGCUGGAGAACGGAGCCGACCUCAACCGGGCGGAUACAGAGGGACGCACGGCACUCAUUGCAGCGGCCUACAUGGGGCACCGCGAGAUUGUGGCACUGCUGCUGGCGCACGGAGCCCACGUGGACCACGCCGACGUGGACGGGCGCACGGCCCUGUCGGUGGCGGCCCUGUGCGUGCCUGCCAGCCGCGGCUAUGCCAAGGUGGUGGAGCUCCUCCUGGACUAUGGGGCGUCCCCGGGGCACAAGGACCGGGAUGGCAUGACCCCCUUGCUGGUGGCCGCCUACGAGGGCCACGCCGACGUGGUGGAGCUGCUGCUGGAGGCCGGGGCGGACGUGGAUGAGGCCGAUGGGGCUGGUUGUGCCCCUCUGCUGGCAGCUGCCUCCAUGGGCCACCGUGCCGUGGUGGACACCUUGCUGCUCUGGGGGGCGGCCGUCGAUGGGCUGGAUGGCGAGGGCCGCACGGCACUGGGUGUGGCCGCUGGGCAGGGCAGCGAGGCGGUGGUUCGGGCGCUGCUGGAGAGAGGCCUGGACGAGAACCACCGGGAUGCCCUGGGCUGGACCCCACUGCACCUAGCCGCCUGGCAGGGCCACGCCAGGACAUGCGCCGCGCUCCUGGAGGCCGGGGCCCGUGUGGCAGAAACGAACCAAGACGGGAGGGUGCCCCUGAUGCUGGCUGCCCAGGAGGGCCACACGGACACCGUGCAGCUCCUGCUGGACCGCGGCUCCCCCAUCGACCACCAGGGCUAUGACGGGCUCUCCGCCCUCUCGCUGGCCAUGCUGGGGGGCCAACGAUCCACGGCCGAGCUGCUCCUGCGCAAGGGGGCCGACGUCAACCUCUCGGAUGCCGAGGGGCGCCCCAUGCUGUACCUGCUGGUGCUCGAGGGGCGCCUGGACAUGGCAGAGCUGCUGCUGGAGAAUGGGGCUGGGCUAGAGGGGCAGGACGCCCAGGGACGCUCAGCCCUGCACGUGGCCUGCUGGCAGGGCCACGCCAAGGCAGCGCAACUGCUGCUGAGCUACGGGGCCGACGUGGAUGCGUUGGACACGGAGCGCCGUUCUGCCCUGCACCUGGCAGCCUGGAAGGGCCACGCCCAGAUCGCCCGCCUGCUGCUGGAGGGCGGGGCCCAGCCUGACCAUGCCUGCAACCAGGGGGCCACGGCGCUGGGCAUCGCCGCCCAGGAGGGGCAGGCAGAGGUGGCAAAAGUCCUGCUGGAGCUUGGGGCCAGCCCUGGAGUCCUCGACAGAGCCGGCCGGACCCCGCUGUGUGUGGCGGCCAAGCGGGGCCACCGGGACGUCCUGCGGCUGCUGGAGGGGCAUGGGGCUGCGCCCGGCUCCCCGGGCUCCGUGGGCAGCUCCCCCUCAGCCUCGUUGGACUCAGCAGCAGGCGAGCACCCCAAGUCGCAGGCUUCCCUCUGUUCCUCGGGCGCCGCCACCUCCUCCACUUUCCACUCGCUGGCCACCGCACAGACGGUCCCCGUGGACACCCUCAGCUUCGCCCAGCAGAUCCAACAGCACUCACUGCCUCGCCGGCGCCAGGCUGCCCUCGCUGCCCCGCCCCGACCCACAGUGGCUCAGGACAAGCACAACGGGGAGGCCUUGGGGAGCCCCUUGCUCCUCUCCAUCGACACCCUGGACCCCCACCUGCAUCUCAAGGCGGCCAUCAAGCUGCAGUUCGAGGGCCCCACCUGCGGCUACGAGUACAAGCAGGAGACGCCCCUCUGACAGGCACUGGGGGGGCAGGGGCAUUUUCGUGAGCGGGUCUGCUAAUGCACAAAGGCCUUGGUGAUGGGCACUGCCACCACUUGGGUGUGGGGUGUCUGGUUGUCUCUCCCAGGACGGCACUAGUGAGGAAACGGGUUGUGGGUUGUGUGGGUUAGGCUCAUGGUCUGGGGGGCAGAGACCGGAAGGCAGAAAUCAAGCCCGGCUACAUAGCACAAAGGAUCACCAUCUAGGGGGCCGAGCAGAUAGGGGCAUUUUCCCCACGGCUCCCGGCAACACAAUCAAGGUGCCUUGGACUCUAGGUUGCCAGUUUGGGAAGGUGGACAGAACCCAUGAAAAAAGUUAACAGCUCCUGAACUUGAACUUUGGGGCUGUGAAAAUGGUGUUUGGGGUUGGACAAGAGCCAAAUUCUGUGGUUAGGAUUUCAAGGGAGAGGAAGGCGGGGAAUGUACAGAAUGUCUUUUAGCAGGGAGGUGCCCACUGUGUGUUCCUGGGCUGGCUUGAGGUCCAAUGCCAGGCUUGCCUUAACCACCUUGCCCGCUCUCUCACCGGGAGGUGGCACCUGCUCUGCCAUGGGGUGCAGUUGAGGGGGCCAUAUCAGUGGGAGCCCAUCCCCAAAGGGGUUGCGCACCACCUGUGCAACAGUAGACCGCCCGCCGCCGCCGCCUCUAGGCCCAACCAGAAGUAGAGGCGGCCUCUAGCUCUCCAGAGCGGGGCUGGCAGUGCAGGUUCUCAGCUUCUUUCCCUUCAGUGCCCCCGUGGUUGUGUUUCAGAACUUGCAGAGUCGGGAGGGACCACCGGGUCAUCUAGCCCAACCCCACGCAAUGCCAAGACGGGCUAUUGGUAGCUCUUGGAGAAAAAGCACAGAGGACCUCCGCAGCCACACCCCAGGAAAUACACAUAGCCCACCUCUCCCGGGGUCCCUGGCUCAAGCCCUGCCUUUGGGCCCCGUGGCCCUUGGGUGCCUGUAGGUGGCAAGCCCCUCCCCCACCCCUGGUGCUGUUACCAUAUGCUGCCUUCAUUGGUGUCUUAACCACUUCUUUAAUGAGUUGCCACAAGUGACUUUGGAACCACUGGAUACCAAAAAUGGCUGGUGGGAGGGAGAGCGCCUGCCCUCUUUCCCUUGUGGGGCAGCCCUCUCCCUGCCCAAUGCCUCCUGCCUGCCUCUGGGAGCCGGCCAGCCAUUCUGGGGGGGGGGGGGAAUCGCCUCCUUGCUGGGGCCCAAGAUGCUGAUCGUGGUGCUUCGUUGCUUCUCCAGGGACCCUCGUGGCUCUCCUUGAUUUGCAGAACUCCCACCAUCAAUAAAGGUCCAACUCUGGAAA